UUACUAACCUUGCGAAACCUAUUUAUUAUAAAUAUAAUUAAUUAGACAUUAGUGAUGUACCGCGCCCUAUAUGGGCGAUUGCUGGCAGUGCCAGUUACGGUGGACGUGCGCGCUAUGCACAGCGCAGCACCGUUGUUUGCCGCUGCCAAGAAAACAACAUCCGCCGCUGGAGGAGUAAUGGGGUUAGGCAAAGGCAAGAAGAAGCUAGGCAAGCUGGGUACCAUGGAGAAGCGUGAACUGCCAGUAGAAACAGACCCUCAGAAGCUUGUCACUCAAGUGUGUGGCGCCAAUAUCUAUACCACAGGAGAAGACCCCAAGCUGGGCCCAGAUAGCGAGUACCCCGACUGGCUCUGGGACCUGCACACAGGCCCCGCGCCGCCGCUGGAGUCGCUGGAUCCCGACACGAAGGCCUACUGGCUUCGCGUGCGCGCCGCAGGCAUGCGCCGCAAUAACAAGCUACGAUCGCUGCGCAAGUUUUAGAUUUUAUAAUCGGCUUUGUCUCUGGAAUGUCUCAUUUAAUUUAAAUGUUACUUUUUUUCUCCAUAUGAAAUGAAUGAUGUAUGCAGUGUACGGCAACAGGAGUCCAAAGUUUUAUGGUGUUCUUAUAAUAUCGCAUUUCAACAAGGUGCACAGAAAUUUUAAUGAAAGUAGUCAAGGUUUAGAGAACAGUGUUUUUGUGUUGAAACUUUAUACCUCUCCUCUUACAGUGUUCAAGCAAAUGUGUUUCAUAGUUAAAUUAAAAGAGAUAUUAGAAGUGGGUUCCUGAGUGGAUCAUUGUGAAAACUCAUAAUGAAUGAG